AGGUGGGUGGUAGCCACCCUUAUCGAUUUCUCGUGGCGCCUAGACGUAUUUUGUAGAGGGACCCGACAGUGAGUGCUCGUCAUUCGCGAUUUUUGCCGCCUCUUCUUCGUCUGGAGGUUACGAAGAUCCACCACGACUCAUUAAGCCGCCACCAGCUGCAGUGACAAUUGUUUUCCAAAACAGUGUCGCAGUCGCGACACUGAUCCCAAACGCACGUGUAUGGGAGACCUUUCACCCACCCGCAUACUGACCAAAGCCUUGAUGGUGAAGCAAAACAAGCCCAACACCCUCAAACUGAACAGCGUGGCCCGACAGGCCAGCCGAUACUCCGCCAGAGACCCAAGGUUAAGAACCUAAUUCCCCAACCGGCCCCAAUCUACCAGUAUUAUUCUGUAUUAGAUUAGACAUAAUGGAGAUAGACUGGGAACAGCCAAACAUUGUUAUUAGAUGCAGCAGAACUCCUAGGAGUAAGGAACCAAAAGAUAAAACAACCAGAGAAUCUCUUCUCUCCGAAUCUACUUCAGGAAUUGUAAAAGGUGAAGAAGAAGAUAAAACUAGUGUCGGAUCUAACUCCUUUUCCAGUCCUGAACUCGAGUUUAGUGGCACAGAGCAGCUUACAGUUCUUGAAACAAAAACUCAUGCUAAGUCCCAGAAUGACCUCAAUCAAGGAAAUGAAGAAGAGAUCAAACUUUUGCUGGAACAGAGUACUAAUCCUAUUGUUGUUAAGGCAAAACCGCUGGAAAAUAACGAAGAAGAUGAAAAAUCCGAUGUGGCUGGUAACCAAGAUAAAAAAGUAAAAAUUCCUGAUGGUGGUUGGGGAUGGGUCGUUGUGCUUUCUUCGUUUGUUAUAUCUAUGAUAGCUGAUGGUAUUAGUUUCUCUUUCGGGCUGUUGUAUAUUGAAUUUCUGGAAGAAUUUGAAGCCAGUAAGUCUACUACAGCUUGGAUUGGUAGUUUAUUCAUUGCUGUGCCUCUCCUAUCUGGUCCUGUAAUGAGUGCCUUGGUAGAUAGGUAUGGAUGUCGUAAAAUGACCAUCUUGGGUGGAAUUAUUUCUACCCUAGGAUUUGUUUUGGCAUCAAUCUCAACUACUUUGGAAAUGAUGAUGAUCACAUUCGGAGUUAUCGCUGGUCUAGGCUUGGGAUUAGUAUACGUAACAGCCGUUGUUUCUAUUGCUUACUGGUUUGAGAAAAAGAGGAAUUUAGCUGUUGGUUUGGGAGCGUGUGGAACAGGUGUGGGAACUUUCGUCUAUGCCCCUAUGACUCAAUAUUUCAUUGAAGAAUUUGGUUGGAGAGGUACAAUACUCUUACUCUCUGGUACCCUUUUGAAUCUUUGCGUCUGUGGAUGUGUGAUGAGAGAUCCUGAGUGGUGGAUUUUGGAGCAAAAGAAACAGAACAGCAGUAAAGAUGAGGGUAAACUAAUAAAGGUAGACGACAAGUCAAGGAAUUCUAGUUCCAAUUCAAUUGCAAAUCCUUGUGCCAUCGACUGUGAUUUACCAUCAAGGGGCAAGGUUAUGGAAGGUCUGAUUAAAAAAGGCGUCCCGCCUUAUCAAGUGAUUGGCCAAGAAGCAGCAAGCAUUAGGCGCCAAAAUAAAUUGCUAAUAAAGGGAAAGCAGUAUGAAAUGCCACUAUCACGGUCAUUAGUCACCUUGCCAUCAGACGUGACUUACAGUGAUAAGAUGUCCAUGGCUAUAUUCGAAAAUCUAAAAAAGAUAAGUCGAGGUGAAGAAUCUGUAGAAGACGUGAACAUCCCUGUAAGUUUAACAAUGGCAGAUUUUGACCAUCCUAAAAAGAUUACCAUUGUAGAUCCUCUUGUAGAUGAGCAACGCUUACAACGCACUCAUUCUGAUAAAUACGAUGACAUCAAAGAAAAAUUAGGGCAUUACCAACUCAAGGAUGAGAGACCAAAUAUCGCCUUUAGAAAAUGCAAGUCAGAAUCAAAGGAGGAUAAAGAGUUAGUAAAACAAGACAGCAAGGAAAAUAAACGAGACUGGCUUAAAAAACAGCUGUCUGUAAACCAUCACUACUUGAAAGACUUGAAAAUGCCCUUAAAUUCCAUAAGUCAUAGGAAUGCAAUGCUGAAUAUUAAGAGGUAUCGCCUAAAAGCGUCAUCGUGCCCUGAUAUUUUCAAGAACUCAAUGAUAACCAUUGAUGACAAAGAAGAGAACUGGUACGACGACUGCCUGAGCUGUCUAGCCGAUAUGUUCAACGUGUCCCUCUUCAAGAAGAUGACCUUCAACUGCCUCUGCCUCGGCACCAUCAUCCUCUUCAUUUGGUUCAUAGUCCCGUACUUCUACUUGGCCGAGCAUAUGGUCCAGAAGGGGUAUACCGAAGAUGACGGCGCAUUUAUGCUGAGCUUGAUUGGGAUCACCAAUACUAUUGGCAUGGUCGGCCUCGGCUGGAUCGGCGACUUUCCCAAAGUCUCCAUUGGCAACCUGUAUGCCGUCUGCUUGGUCCUCUGCGGGGCUUCAGUAGCAGCCUUGCCCUUCGCUGCCGAGAAGUAUUGGAUUCUCGCCUCUGUGUCGUCAGCAUUUGGGUUGCUUUUCGCGGCAUCUUUCACCUUCACCCCGAGUCUUCUGGUCACACUGGUGUCGUUGGAUGACUUCACGUCUGCGUACGGACUGGUGCUGCUUGCUCAGGGCAUCGGGCAUUUGAUUGGGCCGCCUCUUUCUGGGUUGAUCUACGACCUGACCUCAUCAUGGGAGCUAGCGUUCUACCUUGCAGGAGGCUUUAUCAUCGUCUCUGGAGUCCUCAUCUCCUUCAUCCAACCCCUGAAGACGUACCAGCAGCGGCGGGAGGACUUAGUAGAGUGGGAGAGCUGUAGCUCGGCUUAAACUUUUGACAGCUUAGUAGUCCAGUCAUUUGGUACUUUUGUGUGGAAAGUUUUCCGAGAGUAUUGAAUAAAAACUGCCCCUAAUAUCAGAUUUUGCAGUAGUCCACUAAUUUUUCCAAUAUGGCAGCGCCGGCGGCAACAAUAGGAGGUCGCAAAGUUGAAAUUCGGAAAGAGCACAUCAAAAUCUAUAUAAGUAGGUCAUUACCAAUUUUCAAAACUUUCCAG